AUUCUUUUUUUCCCACAGGGUCCUAGUUUUUGUCACGUUGACACUGCAUGACGCUAUUUGCUUCUUUGCGCCGCGCGCUGUAAUCCGAAAUCAGAGUCGAUCGUACCAAGAUACUUUUUUGGUACCUAAUAUCUAUCUGUCGCCUUACCUUUGGCCUCUCACAGCAGAGCCCUACCUACCUAGCUCUAACCGGCCCUUGUAAGCAAGGAGGCGUACAAUGGCCCAGGAGGUCGCGCCACCUGUUGCACUGUUGGACGACGUUUAUACGAAGACGACGACUACGAGUACGACGAUAGCGGAGCCCGAGGCAGCUGCCGUCACGAGAACCCUUGGCUGUCUGCUCUCGAACCACUUGGUCUUGUCCCAGACGCUGCCCCACCUCCCGCCCUCGGCCGUCCUCAGCCUUGCCGCCACCUCGCGCGCAUUCCGGGACCUGAUCUACGGCAGUCCCGUUGCUUUCCGCCACCUAGACCUGACCCAGGUCAAGACGGCCCAGUUCGACAUCGACCCCAUCGACACGGGCGGCGAGCUAUGGCACAACACGCAGCUGGAUGAGCACCUGACCGAGGAUGAGUUCUACUCGGGACCCCUCCGCGGCAUUUUUUCAAACCUUUGUCGCAGCAACCUGCUCUCGUCGGUGCAUACUUUGAUCCUCGAUGGCCUGUCGGUGACGGCCGAGCUGGUGCACGACAUGCUCACGGGGCCGUCGUUCCGCAUCCGUGUCCUCUCACUGCGCGAUGUCAAGAAUCUGAACGAGCGCAAGCUGCAGCAGGCGCUUACGACAGCCUGCCGGCCUAGCAGGCCCGAAGGCACGCCGCACCUCAAAGCCGUAUAUCUGUUCACCCGACGCGACGCCGAGUCGUCCUCUUCGUCGUCGCGGGCAAGCAUUGGGCUGGGCAGCGGGUCGUCGAGCUCCACGUCGGCGGGGUCCGCGCCCGUCAGCUCCCUGCAGCAGACCAUCAACGCCUCUUCCCCGCACAGGACGGCGCCGUCGCCGAUGGAGUGGGACUCGGGCGACGCGUGGUACGACAGGCGCGGCAAGAUGCUCAGCCGCGGCAUCAGCCGCGAGUGGGCGCACACGCUGCUGGCCUGCCAGGGCAUCAUCGCCUUCGACGCCGUGCUGUGCGCGGGGCCACGGCACCCCAACUCGCGCGCGUUCGGCAAGGUGCCCGUCUCGUCCGAGACGGCGGCGGCGGCGGCGGGCACCGGCGAGCCGCAGCAGUCACAGUGGGCGGUCGCCACAUACGCCGUGGGCGAGUGCGCAGGGUGCGGGGGCGCGCCCGAGGGCGUGACGGUCUGGGGCCGCAAUGACACUCCGCACGACUACCCGCUGUUGGCGCCGGCGCCGCUGCACUCGAGCAGCGUCAAGGCGGCGUGCCGCCCGUCGCGCGCGUCGCUCGAGGCCCGCGAGCUGGUGGGCGAAUGGAGAGGCAGCAGCAACAGCGAGACGGCAAACGGCGACAAGGAGCGCGGGGACCACUACGGCCCGCCGAGAUUCGUGGCGCGGUGCUUCGAGUGCCUGAAGGGCAGGUGCUGCUGGAGCUGCAACAAGUGGUGGUGCGAGUCGUGCUACGCCGGCCCCGGCGGCGGCGGCGGCGGCGGCGCGGAUGACAAGCGCGGAGUGACCAAGAGCUGCUGGGAAUGCGGCGACAACUGCCACGAGUGCAUCUCCAAGACGCAGCUGGUGUGCAAGAGCUGCUGCGGCGGAUACUGCAUCAUCCACAACGAAGGCUCGGGCCCGAAACACUGUGACUGGUGCUCCAGGGGUAGCCGGAGAACGCGCGACCUUUAUUGACGGAUUUGAAAGUCGGAAGUAGACCUCAGGAACAGAGGUCCCAAGGAAAGGGUCCCGGCAGACAUGUUAUGGUGGCUUGCGGGUUCUGGCGAUGGUUGCAACGGAGGAUUUUUCUUAUUUUGCUGGUUGCUUUUCCUUUUUGAACCGGUUUCCUUGCGUUUUCCCGCCUUUUGGACCCUUCCCCACUCUCGGACGAAAGCAAGCAGCCCCACUAUGAAACGAACGUGCUCCCCUCUAUUUUUAUUAGCCUCGGAACUUUGCCUAGGUCUCGUCGGAAUUCUUAGGAAUCUAGGUCGCUUUCGCGGCUGUGCUGUCACGGGCGAGGGGCUUGCACGGCAGUUGGUUGCCGACUUGCUA